CAGAGGCACAGAAAGAGAGGCAGGGCAAGAGAGAGUGCGUGUGGAAGAAAGGCAGAGACGGGAACAGAGAGAGUGCGUUUGGAAGAGUCACCAUGGGGUCCAGCUCGUCCUCCUACGCACCCAAGACCAUCUACCUGGAUGUGGAGGGAAAGGUGCAGAAGGUGGUGUUCAGUCGUUAUUGCAGCCCAUGUGACAUCAAGGAGCUGUUGUGUUCUUCCUCUAACAUCCCCCGGAACACUUCCAUCAUGAUGGUGGACCCGGAAGGGGCUCUGGUCUCCAUCGACCCCACGAUGCCCACCAACUCCCCCAGCUCCCUGUACAAGGUGGUUGCUAUGUCCACGGGUCAGCUAGGAGACAAAGAGGAUAUGUUCCAGAAUGUGUUGUCUCAGGUGGCGGAACAGUUUAGCAGGGCGUUCCGUAUCAACGAGCUGAAGACAGAGGUGACCAACAGACUGGCCAUGCUGGAGAAGAGAGUGGAGCUGGAGGGCCUGAAGGUGGUGGAGAUCGAGAAGUGCAAGAACGACCUGAGGAAGCUGAGAGAUGAGAUGACGUCCAGAGGAGGGGGCAGGGUGAACUGUCCCUGUAAAUACAACUUCUGUGAUGACGGGAAGAAGCUGACACCCAGGAGGGAUGUGCCCAGCUAUCCCAAGUACACCCUGUCCCAGGAGACCAUUGAGGCCCUCAAGAAGCCUACCUUUGACGUCUGGCAUUGGGAGCACAACGAGAUGCUGAGCUGUCUGGAAUACAUGUAUCAUGAUUUGGGCUUGGUGAAGGAAUUCAACAUGAACCCCAUCACUCUCAAACGCUGGCUGCUGGGCAUCCAGGAGAACUACCGCAGCAAUCCGUUCCACAACUUCCGCCACUGCUUCUGUGUCAGCCAGAUGAUGUACGGCAUGAUCAACCUGUGCAACCUGCAGGAGAAGCUAACCCUGACAGACAUAGGUAUUCUCAUGACAGCUGCUGUGUGUCACGACCUGGACCACCCUGGAUACAACAACACGUACCAGAUCAAUGCGCGUACUGAGUUGGCGGUACGUUACAAUGACAUCUCACCCCUGGAGAACCACCACUGUGCCGUGGCCUUCCAGAUCCUCUGCCUCCCAGAAUGCAACAUCUUCGCCAAUGUGGAAAUUGAGGCCUACAAGCAAAUCAGACAGGCUAUUAUUACUCUGAUCCUGGCCACAGACAUGGCCAGGCAUGGGGAGAUAUUGGACUCCUUCAAGCAGAAGGUUGACAACUUUGACUUCACCAACGAGGAGCAUGUCACAUGCCUGAAAAUGGUCCUAAUCAAGUGCUGUGACAUCUCCAAUGAGGUGCGUCCUACCGAGGUAGCUGAGCCAUGGGUGGACUGUCUGCUGGAGGAAUACUUCAUGCAGAGUGACAGGGAGAAGUCAGAGGGGCUGCCUGUGGCCCCGUUCAUGGACAGAGACAAGGUCACCAAGCCCACUGCCCAGAUCGGCUUCAUCAAGUUCGUCCUUAUCCCCAUGUUUGAGAAUGUCAUGAAGCUCUUUCCUCAGAUAGAGGAGAUCAUGGUGCAGCCUCUCAGAGACUCUCGUGACCACUAUGAAGAGCUGAAGCAGAUUGAUGAUGCCAUGACUGAGGACCAGAAGAAAAAAACUGAAAAGAUGUCAUUAGGAGGAAAGAAGAAGUGAGCGCAGCGACUCACUCUGCGUGGGACCCGGACAUGUGUGAUCCGAUUUCAUGGAGCCAACAACAAACCGUCUAUUUGAGGAUUGGUCGACAUCCGUUGUCCCGACCCAGUCCCUGAUUGGUGAGCUGGAGGGUGGAGGCUGGACGGAGAGGCGACUGACGACUCAUCCGACCAAACCAAACUCCUCAGACUUCCUUGAGACGCAUUGCCACGGAAACAUCGGCUCGGACUUUUUACGUUCGCUGUCGUUGUUUGUUUUUCGAUGCUUCAGAGACAUGACGUGUUCUGGGUGGUAGAGUUUUUGGUUGAAACGUAGAAAAAGUGAUGAUGACAAAUGCAAGCACAAAGACCAGCCCUAUUUCGAAUAACCUCCAGCCAGCAUAAACUUAGUUUGCUUUGAUCAUUGCUACAUAAUACAGAAACUCCAAAGAUCAUUUGAGUGGGCUUCGAUCAAAAGGAAACAUAUCAUGUUAGAAAACGAAAGCUGUAUACUAGAAAGACCACAUGUCCUGUGAUGAUGUAAACACAACGAUACCUAGACUACACUCCUCUGUCUUCACUAGUGUCUGUCAAAAACGGAAUACACGUGUAUGUGUGUGUGCUUCUGUGUGUGCUUCUGUGUGCUUCUGUGUGCUUCUGUGUGCUUCUGUGUGUGUGUGUCCUUCUCUGUGUGUGCUUCUGUGUGUGUGUUUCUUUGUGUGUGCGCACCAGGGAUUUCCUGUUUAUUGUCGCCAGACGGAGGUGUUUCAGGAGCCCUGCUAUAGCUGUAGGCUGGGACAAACGCGGUAUAUGUUGAAACAUGAUUUG